GGGGCGGUGGCUGGCUGCGGCCCCGGGAAGGCGGGGCUCCCCGGCCGGCCGUUGCGCACGGAGCACCCCGGCCCCUCCUGCAGUCGCCGGCCGUUGGUUCCUGCGGCUUCCUCCGCAAGCGGAUCGGGGCCCGAUGAGUAGGCCAGGCAAAAGGCAGAGGCAUCUACCUGCACAUCUCUCCACCCAGGCAAGCAAGCAGCACAGAUGCAUUCCAGCCAGGAAGAAGCCCUGGAAGAGAGUAGGGAGCAAGGCCAGUGAUGGCCCUCUACUCUACUCUGCCCUUCUACUGAAUGACUACCCUACACAAAAUAGGGCACUUGGCCACCCUCCAGCAGAAGCAGUAGUUGCAAGAGCUCAUUCUCAUGAUCUCCAAAUCUGCAGACCAUGAAGGUCAAGGUGAUUUCAGUCUUGGAAGAUAACUACAUGUACCUGAUCAUUGACGAAAACACUCAGCACGCCGUCGCAGUGGAUGUUGCUGUUUCCAAGAGGUUACUAGAAAUCAUCCGAAAAGAAGACGCCACUCUGCGAGCCAUCCUGACGACUCAUCAUCACUGGGAUCAUGCCCGGGGCAAUGAGGAUCUCUCAAAGCUCUACCCAGGCCUGGAGGUGUAUGGUGGGGACGAACGAGUGGGAGCUCUGACCCACCAUGUGACCCACGGUGAAGAGUUAAAGUUCAGCAGCAUCAACGUGAGGUGCCUUCUCACCCCGGGCCACACUUCAGGGCACGCCUGCUACUUCGUGUGGGAAGACGACUCCCCGGAUGCUCCUGCGGCGUUUACAGGUGACACCUUGUUUAUCGGGGGCUGCGGAAGGAUCUUGGAAGGGACGGCCGAGCAGAUGUACAACAGCCUGACGGAAGUCCUGGGCACAUUGCCGAAGGAGACGAAAGUGUUCUGUGGCCACGAGUACACGGCCCGCAACUUGAAAUUUGCCCUGAAAGUGGAGCCCAAGAACGAGCUUGUGAAGGAAAAGCUCGCUUGGGCUAAACUACGGGAAGAUGAAGAUGUGCCUACAGUGCCUUCCACCCUGGCUGAGGAGUUCUUCUACAACCCUUUCCUUCGGGUCUCGGAAGAAUCCGUCCAGCAAUUCACCGGCAGGAGCGACCCCAUCGAGGUCUUUGCCGCCCUCCGCAAGGCCAAGGACAGCUUCCGGAAGCCGAAAGAGAGGCUGAACCCGCAAGCCAUGCUGGCUUUUGAGUGGGGCCUCUUUGAUCCGUUCCUAGAGAAAAAAUGAGCACUGCUUCCCUCCCCCCCCCCCCCGUGCAGCUUAUGGGAGGACGUCCGGGAGGCCAGAGUCUCUUUUCUUCUGCGCCGUUUCAUUUGAGCAGCUGCAAGGGAUCUCUCUGGAAGCAGCUUCUAGCCAGCUGUUGGGCACCAGGAACCUCCAGCAACUUUUAAAGCCUUUGCACCCGGCUGGACAGUGCGUCCCCCCCACCUCCUCAAUGAGAAGCCCAGGUGGCCUCGCCUCACCCACGCCCUGGGCAGCUGCCCUUCAGCUGCAUCAAACGCUACUGCCAAGCUUACACUGCGAUGAGCACCAUAGUCAAUGCAGCGCAACGCCACUCCUGCUCAUGGGUUGGCCCCGCUGCCUCCAUCGUUGCCCCAUUUCAGCAAGACUAGGAGGGAAGGGGCACAGAGGAAAAGGAAGCAAUAAAGUUGGGCCAACCGCUUUAAGUUUCUGACUGCGCAUUUUUUUUAAGAUGCUGUGCUCGAAUGCUGCAUCCUGUUGCCGUACAGGAUGGGGCAUGAACUUCACACCUGUGCAUGUGAAAAGGAGGGCAGGGGGUGGAUUUAGAGAACAGGAUGGGGCACUGGCCUGAUCCAAAGGGCUCUUCUGAAGUUCUUAACUCAGCCCUGCAGACUUGUAACAACUUUUUGUCACUUUAAUUAAAGGGACUUUUCAGAAACAA